AUGAAUAAAAUAUUUUUUCCAAAAAGAAGAAAGCUUUUUUAGUGUCCUGAGACUGUUACUGAAUCCUAGUUAUAAACAACUCGAUCAGUUACUGUAUAUAUUAUUUCUUCAAUGCUCAGUCAACCAAUUAAGAUGUGCCAAGAAUAAUAAUAAAAACAGAAGAGAGUGAAGGGAUUUCAAUUCCAAAAGAUACAAGAUUAAAAAAUUGGAAUGAUGUGUUUGGAGAUUUUUUAUCUGAAGCAUUAUUAAGGAGAAAAUAGACAUAAUUAAAAAGAAAUACAGAGACUGCAAUUGAUAGAGCAUACUUACAUGAAGUUCCUUUAAAAAUACAUAAUGCAAUGACAAUAAGUCCAUCAAUAAGAAGUAAUUUCACAAAAUAUAUAUUGGGGGAAAUUUCUGCAGAAGAAUUUGUGAUUAGAAAAAAUUAAUCAUAAAAACUUGAUAAAUUAAUUCCAGCAGUUAAAAAGAAAUAAAAAAGACCCAAAAUUAAUGUGUAUCAAUAUAUAUCAAUACUAUUAGAACAUAUAGAAGAUCUGCUGUAACAGAUGAAGGUAAUCAUGACAUAGCUUUUUUAUAAUUAUUAGAUGAAAAAAAUGAAGAAAUGAUUAAAAAACAACAAGCAUUAGAUAGAUUUGAUAUAAUAAGAGAUCUUAUAGAAGAAAAAAUAGAUAAAAGAGAAAAAGAAGAUCUUGUAAAGAGAAGCAGAGAAUUAAAGAAUGUUGGAAUGAUCAAAUAAAUGUAUGAUAUAAGUGAUCAGUAUAUUCAAAAUUUAUAAAUGAAAUUUGAACAAAAAGAUAUAAAUACAAACAAAAAAUUAUUAUUUAAAGGUAAUUCAGUUAAUAUUAUUUAACAUUAAAAUCCAUAUUAAUUAUUAAAUUCAAGAAAUCAUUAAAAUCCUAAUAAAGUUAAAUAUGAAGCACCAUAAGAAAAAUAUGUAAUACGUCAUUUAGUAAAUAAAAAGGCUAAAUAAUAUAUGGAAGAAUUACUUAUUAAAGAUUAUAUUGAAAAUGAAAAAUCAAAAAAGUAGAUUUAUGUUAAUUAUCAAUUCAAGAAAAACAUUAUUCCCAAAUCUACUAAAUCUAAUACACCAUAAACAUUUGAUUAAAGUGAAUAAAAUAAUAUUAAACAAAUUUAUCCUUUUAUAAAAAAGGGUAUAAAAGGAAAUUAAAUUGUUAAAAAUCAAUUAAUCAAUAAUGAUUUAGAAUUAAUAAAAUACAUAACUAACUAUCCAAAAUAUGAUCCAUAUAAAGACAAAGAUGUUUAGGAAUAAAUCUAAAAAGAUAUUCUUGAUGCUGGAGGAUUAUCAUCAAAUAGAAAUAUUAAAAUUCCUUAAAGAAAAUUAGAAUAAUCAUUUAAGAAUCAUAAAUUGAGGAACCUAAAGAAAAGUGCAUCAUUAGAUUCUAGGACAGAUGAUGAAUCAUUAAAUUCUAUGUAUGAAUUUAAUGUAGAUAAUCUUUACUAAUAAAGUAUGAAAUUGUAAGAAAAACUACUAGAAAAGUAAUACACAGAUGGGUUUAGUAAAACUAUAAAGGCAAUAUAAAAAAAUUAAUUAUUAAGAAAGUAUUUCAUUGAUUUUAAAAUAGUGAUAUAAUUUUAAAAAAUAUAUAAAAACUUGAAGGGAUAUCUCCAAUCUGA